AUGCAUUUAAUGUUCAACGAUGAUGGAACUGGACCAACAUCAAGGGCCCAGAGAAAUGGUUUUCCAAAAGGGGUGGAAGCUAUUAGCCAGCAUGGUAUAAACAUAUAUAAACUAAGGGUGGAAGUUAUUAGCCAGCAUGGUAUAAACAUAUAUAAACCAGGGGUGGAAACUAUUAGCCAGCAUAGUAUAAACAUAUAUAAACUAGGGGUGGAAGCUAUUAGCCAGCAUGGUAUAAACAUAUAUAAACCAGGGGUGGAAGCUAUUAGCCAGCAUGGUAUAAACAUAUAUAAACCAAGGGUGGAAACUAUUAGCCAGCAUAGUAUAAACAUAUAUAAACCAGGGGUGGAAGCUAUUUGCCAGCAUGGUAUAAACAUAUAUAAACCAGGGGUGGAAGCUAUUAGCCAGCAUGGUAUAAACAUAUAUAAACCAGGGGUGGAAGCUAUUAGCCAGCAUGGUAUAAACAUAUAUAAACCAAGGGUGGAAACUAUUAGCCAGCAUAGUAUAAACAUAUAUAAACCAGGGGUGGAAGCUAUUUGCCAGCAUGGUAUAAACAUAUAUAAACCAGGGGUGGAAGCUAUUAGCCAGCAUGGUAUAAACAUAUAUAAACCAGGGGUGGAAGCUAUUAGCCAGCAUGGUAUAAACGUAUAUAAACCAAGGGUGGAAACUAUUAGCCAGCAUAGUAUAAACAUAUAUAAACCAGGGGUGGAAGCUAUUUGCCAGCAUGGUAUAAACAUAAAUAAACCAGGGGUGGAAGCUAUUUGCCAGCAUGGUAUAAACAUAUAUAAACCAGGGGUGGAAGCUAUUUGCCAGCAUGGUAUAAACAUAUAUAAACCAUGGGUGGAAACUAUUAACCAGCAUGGUAUAAACAUAUAUAAACCAGGGGUGGAAACUAUUAGCCAGCAUGGUAUAAACAUAUAUAAACCAUGGGUGGAAACUAUUAGCCAGCAUGGUAUAAACAUAUAUAAACCAGGGGUGGAAACUAUUAGCCAGCAUGGUAUAAACAUAUAUAAACCAAGGGUGGAAGCUAUUUGCCAGCAUGGUAUAAACAUAUAUAAACCAGGGGUGGAAACUAUUAGCCAGCAUGGUAUAAACAUAUAUAAACCAGGGGUGGAAACUAUUAGCCAGCAUGGUAUAAACAUAUAUAAACCAUGGGUGGAAACUAUUAGCCAGCAUGGUAUAAACAUAUAUAAACCAGCGGUGGAAACUAUUAGCCAGCAUGGUAUAAACAUAUAUAAACCAAGGGUGGAAGCUAUUUGCCAGCAUGGUAUAAACAUAUAUAAACCAUGGGUGGAAACUAUUAGCCAGCAUGGUAUAAACAUAUAUAAACCAAGGGUGGAAGCUAUUUGCCAGCAUGGUAUAAACAUAUAUAAACCAUGGGUGGAAGCUAUUAGCCAGCAUGGUAUAAACAUAUAUAAACCAGAGGUGGAAACUAAUAGCCAGCAUGGUAUAAACAUAUAUAAACCAGAGGUGGAAGCUAUUAGCCAGCAUGGUAUAAACAUAUAUAAACCAGGGGUGGAAGCUAUUAGCCAGCAUGGUAUAAACAUAUAUAAACUAGGGGUGGAAACUAUUAGCCAGCAUGGUUUAAACAUAUAUAAACCAGGGGUGGAAGCUAUUAACCAGCAUGGUAUAAACAUAUAUAAACUAGUGAUGGAAGCUAUUAGCCAGCAUGGUAUAAACAUAUAUAAACUAGGGGUGGAAACUACAUGUAUUAGCCAGCAUGGUAUAAACAUAUAUAAACCAGGGGUGGAAACUAUUAGCCAGCAUGGUAUAAACCAAGGGUGGAAACUAUUAGCCAGCAUGGUAUAA